AUAUUAGUAUUCUGUAUAUCUAUAAAAACUUGCUACAUGGCCAUCUUAUAAGUAUAAUCUCUAAAGAAAGCUAUGCUAUAAUUGAAUAAAAGAAAAAAAUGCGAAUGUAAUUAAUCUUUACACUAAGACCGGUUAUAUUUCACUCUUUCAUAAAAUAUAGUUUUAUUUACCUUAUAAUAACUCGUGGGAAGGGUUGAACUUCGUGAAUAUAACAUGCGCGUGUUGUUUGUCACAUAACAGAGUAUGGUUAGUGGUCACUAUCAAUAACAAUUCAGUUGGUGAUACCAAAUUGUUAAUUUAAGCUUGACAAAUGGAAAUAUAUGCAAUGGAACGGAGCUGGAUAGUAUUGGUGCUUGUACUUCAGACGAUAAUGUUAACGUCAGUCAAUCCGGCCGAAACCACUAAUAAUUACCAUCAAAUCAAAGCUAGCAGCAGAUCGUCGGACCUUCACAGCGGUCAGCUACAGGUGCAAGCACAGGUGUCCACGGAUAGAACAUUUACCGGGACAAGGCAACCCAAACCCCAAAAAAGAGCAGAUUAUCGCCGACCGUCAUUGACCAUUAACGCUUCAGUCCAACGACGUCAACAACAACAGCAACAACAACAACAACAACAACAACAACAACAACAACAACAACAACAACAACAACAGACGCAGCAGCAGCAACUACAACAACAACAAUAUCAACAACAAUACGGCGCUGCAUUGUCACAUUCGGACUGGACGCCAAUUGGGCAGUCCCAGGAACGAUUGCAAAAAGACUAUCAGCAGCUACAGGUACGUCAACCGGACGCUAUCGUUACGUUCGUGACGCCACCGCCGACGACGACUACGAACUACAACGAUGAGUUACGACCAAAAAAUCAAGUUCAGCAUCUGGACGAUGAAAUCGAUUAUUUCCGCAAUCUGUACCCAUACGUAAACGCAAGUGAACUAUCCGAAGGGUAUAACAACAAGUUACGUAAUGUAACGCUUACCACUAAUGCGCACGGAGCCGUUGACGAAAACCGUAAAAACUCGUACUUUGGUCUUAACGGCGGAGUGCUGGAGAAGAACACGACCGAUAGUCAAAACAACUACAACAACAGGGUGAACGCGGCCAUAGAACAAAACAAACAUUAUCCUCAAUUAGUGUACAACGCGAACGGGGAGUGGUCCGACGGGGAAAACAACGGGGGACCACCUCAGAGUUACGAUUUUGAUUUCCAGCUCGACCCCCGUCCAAAUUCUCACUAUGUCGUAAACACCGAUGUGCUGCCGCAGUUGACAGACGUAAAUAAUAACCGAAACGGUCAGAUUGCCGAUGGUGUAAAAUCCGACGACCAGACGACUCAGAUCCGAUACAGGGAAAAUCAGAAUUUCCAUUUACUCGACGGUGAAUCAAAAAGUGACGUAUUUCGCGAUCACCCAAACAACGCCACCGCCUUCGAGGUAUAUGACAGUAAUAUUGUGUACAACACGAACGCGGCAAACGAACAACGUAUAAAUUACAACGACGCCAAUGACGGUGCAGUGAAUAAUAACUUUAACUAUUACCCACUGCAAUAUGCGAACGGGGUAGUCGAAGGGCGGGGAAAUAGUACUCACCGUGAUGCACUCGACGGCAAGGACUCGAGAGCCCAAAAACCCGAAGACGGUAGAAAACUUGUAAAUUUCGACCGAGACGCGUCCAAGAACAAGCAGAGGGUCAGCAGCGAUCAGCACGCAAACAUGAAUGUAACGGCUGCGGCAGGAUUGGAGAAGGACAGCGUAGUAAUAUUACCUGAACGGCCACGGGGUCACAAGGACGAGCGCCGCGGGGGGGAAAUCGAACAUCGACGCCGUCAAAAGCCAUCGGUCAUUGGCGGUGCCGAAGUAAGUCCGACCGUUCCGACGGUUCCGACGACGACCUCUACUCGACCAUCACUGCGUCGCAAAGUGCAAUCUUCGGCCAAAUCUCACCGACCAGCGGCCGAGGAGAACCGUGAAAAUGGCGACGGGACAGGUAGUCGGACGUUGUACGAUAGUCAAAACAGUUACGAACGAAAACAUAAUCAUAACGAUCGUAGACGUAUCACGACACCAAGCGAUCAACAACCAUCGGUGUUGACCACUUCACAAGCGCCUAUUAUAGAGCAGGACGUGAUCGACGGUGAUGACGAUUACAUCGCGACUGAAGAAGAACUUGAACAGGCCGAACCAGGCGGAUACGGUUUCGCGUACACUGUAUUGGACGAGAACGUGGGCAUGGAUUUCGGCCAAUGGGAACGCCGGGAACCCGGUCGUACCGGUACCGUGACCGGACUGUACCGGGUACGGUUACCGGACGGUCGGACACAGACCGUCAAAUACACCGUUAGCCCUGCCACCGGUUACAAGGCGUCCGUUACUUACGAGGGCGUCCAGCGUCAUCCGUCUAAGGCACCGCCGCCACUUCUUGUCGAAGACGUCGAACGGUACGAUUCGGCGGGCGCCGAAACGCGGUCACCUGAAUAAGAUUAUGACUAUUAUUAUUUAUUUAUAUUUUGUAACUAUGAUUUUUAUUUAUUAAGCAAAUUACACUGUUUAUUUUUAAGAAAAUAAUGAUUUUUUUAUCGAUACAAUUAAUCUCAAAACGAAAUCUUUAUUUAGGCAUGCCACGAAAA